GAAAGAAGCAUGGAGACAGGCGAUGGGAGUUUGUGCGCUGAAUGUCACCGAUAGAUAGUAAAUACAACUCUGCGUUGUCUAACUGCCAUAUUCAAGUAUUUCAGUCACCACCAGAACGUUUGACAGAAUGCCUCGAGUGAAUCUCACGUGAGAUUUGCCUUUUGACUAAACGAUGGUAACAUUUCACAUGGACAGCUGUAGUUGUUCUAGCUUCUGCCGAGAAUAGGGUCUACACAUAACCUAGCUAUUUACAUACAAUGGGCAGAGCCGAUCAGCUAUGCAACAUUUGUUGUGUUUUGCUUUGAAUCAUAAUGUCGCCAUGCACUUGGGGAUUGUGGAGAAGCGCUAUUCACACCCUUAAGACAUUCAGCAGAGCAUCUCCAUCAGCGAGGGGCCUGUGUAUCCCGACCAGAGCGGUAUGCGAUGCUGAGACCAUCUUUGCCCUGUCGUCGGGCCACGGCAGGUGUGGGGUGGCGGUGGUCCGUGUCAGUGGUCCUGCCUCCUCCAUGGUCCUGAGAAACAUGGCAGGUCUGACCCAGGCUCUACCCCCUCCUCGUACCGCCCUGCUACGGAGGAUCAGUGACCCCCAGUCCAAAGAGUUGCUGGACCGAGGACUGGUCCUCUGGUUCAAAGGUCCCCACAGCUUCACAGGGGAAGACAGUGCAGAGUUUCAUAUUCACGGAGGUCCUGCAGUCAUCACAGCUGUCUUACAAGCCCUAGGAAGCCUGGAGGGUGUGAGGCCUGCGGAGGCAGGUGAGUUCACGCGGAGGGCCUUCCACGCGGGGAAACUGGGCUUGACGGAGGUGGAGGGCCUGGGGGAUCUGAUCCACGCUGAGACUGAGGCCCAGAGGAGGCAGGCCCUCAGGCAGAUGGAUGGCGAGCUGGGCCGCCUCUACCAGGACUGGAGUUACAGGCUCAAACGGUGUUUGGCUCACGUGGAAGCCUUCAUAGACUUCAGUGAAGAUGAGCUCAUCGAGGACGGGGUGUUAAAUCAAGUGGACAGUUCAGUGCGCCAGCUGGAGACAGAGAUAGAGAGACACCUAAAGGACGAGAGGAGAGGAGAGCGGCUGCGCACCGGAGUACAGGUGGUCAUAGCAGGAGCUACCAAUGCUGGGAAGAGUAGUCUGCUCAACACACUCUGCCAGCGUCCAGCAGCCAUCGUGUCCCCCAUCGCGGGCACCACCAGGGACAUUGUAGAAACCUCUCUGGACAUUGGAGGCUUCCCUGUCCUCCUGAGUGACACCGCAGGGCUCAGAGACUCCUCAGACAGCGUGGAGAGAGAGGGGGUCCGCAGAGCCCGUCAGAGGGUGGAGCAGGCUGAUCUGACCCUAGUAGUGGUGGACUCCACGCAGCUACCCCCAGACCCUCAGCUAGUACCAGCCUUCCUCCAGGAGUACCUCAGCACUGUGCUGCCCAGCCCUGAGGCCGGCAUGAAGGCUGCGUCAGACAGGGUCCUGCUGGUGCUCAACAAGAGUGAUCUGGUACCUGAGGAGCAGAGGGAGAGAACAGAGGGAGAGCUGAGAGAGAUCACGGGUCUCCCUCCUGCAUGUUUUCUGUCCUGCUAUACCAGUACAGGGCUGGAGGAUUUCCUCACUGUGCUGCAGAGCAGGGUCAAGACUCUGUGUGGUGACCCUCUGAGCGGAGCUCCCAGUCUGACCCAGGCCCGUCACAGAGCCCACCUCCAGCAGAGUGUCGCGGCCCUGAACCAGUACCACCAGUACAGAGACCAAGACCUGGCCCUGGCCGCAGAGGGGGUCCGCCUCGCCCUCACCCACCUGGGACGCAUUACAGGACGGGUCGGAGCCGAGGAGAUCCUGGACAUCAUAUUCAGAGACUUCUGUAUAGGGAAAUAAAUGGUUGAACAUGGAUACAUCUCAUGCAGAAAGGACACUCUCACACGAGAUCAUGUGACAGGGAGGAACACUAACACAGACUUUAAGUGUAGUUAUUCUAGCAAGAUACCAAAAUGUAACUAGUGUAUUUCAUUGUUUGUCCUGGUCAUUUGAGCUGGUGGAUCUCAACUCUAGCCAUAGCCAGACUGAAGAAGUGUAAACAUCUUAGCAGAUCAUCUGUGACUCUCUACUGAGUCACUGUUUGAGUCAUCAUCGCUCUGUGUUCUGUGGGGAAUAAAUGGUUUGGUAGGCGAUCAUCUCUGUGUUAAAUGGGAAAGAAACGGUUUUGGUAGGCGAUCAUCUCUGUGUUAAAUGGGAAAGAAACGGUUUUGGUAGGCGAUCAUCUCUGUGUUAAAUGGGAAAUAAAUGGUUUUGGUAGGUGAUCAUCUCUGUGUUAAAUGGGAAAUAAAUGGUUUGGUAGGUGAUCAUCUCUGUGUUAAAUGGGAAAUAAAUGGUUUGGUAGGUGAUCAUCUCUGUGUUAAAUGGGAAAUAAAUGGUUUGGUAGGUGAUCAUCUCUGUGUUAAAUGGGAAAUAAAUGGUUUGGUAGGCGAUCAUCUCUGUGUUAAAUGGGAAAUAAACGGUUUUGGUAGGCGAUCAUCUCUGUGUUAAGUGGGAAAAAGAAGGUUUGGUAGGCGAUCAUCUCUGUUAAAUGGGAAAGAAACGGUUUUGGUAGGCGAUCAUCUCUGUGUUUUGUGUGAAAAAGAAGGUUUGGUAGGUGAUCAUCUCUGUGUUCUGUGGGAAAAAUAAGGUUUGGUAGGCGAUCAUCUCUGUUCUGUGGGGAAAAAACGGUUUGGUAGGUGAUCAUCUCUGUGUUCUGUGGGAAAAAUAAGGUUUGGUAGGCGAUCAUCUCUGUUCUGUGGGGAAAAAACGGUUUGGUAGGCGAUCAUCUCUGUCCUGUGGGAAAAAGAAGGUUUGGUAGGCGAUCAUCUCUGUUCUAUGGGAAAAAGACGGUUUGGUAGGCGAUUAGUAAUGAAAACACUUGUUUCCAAAGUGGUCCUCUGGUAAACCAUAUAGAACAUAUCAUGAUUAAAAGUGGUCCUCUGGUAAACCA